AUGGGAAAGAUCAUCUUCUUUGAAGACCGGAAUUUCCAGGGCCGCUCCUAUGAGUGCAGCUCAGAUUGUUCUGACCUUCACUCAUAUUUUAACCGUUGCAACUCAAUCCGAGUAGAAAACGGUAAUUGGAUACUGUAUGAAUAUCCCAAUUACAGAGGACACCAGUACUACCUUAAAAGAGGAGAGUAUACUGACUUCAGUCAGUGGAUGGGAUUCAAUGACUCUAUCAGAUCUUGCCGUCUAACUCCACACUACCGUGGUCCAUUUAAAAUAAAGAUUUAUGAGAGAGAAGACUUUAAAGGCCAAAUGAUGGAGUUUUCUGAAGAUUGUCCCAAUGUCAAUGAGAGAUUUCGUUUCCCCAAUAUCCACUCUUGUAAUGUGUUUGAUGGUCACUGGGUGUUCUAUGAGGAAGCAAAUUACAGAGGACAACAGUACUAUCUGAGACCUGGAGAGUACAGGAGAUACAGUGAUUGGGGCUCUGCAAAUCCCAAAAUUGGCUCUUUCAGGCGAAUGCAGUAUUUAUACUAA